UGUUUAAGUAGGUACAGUGUUAACAAAAUUACUGACACUUAAGGCUUUUCUCUAUUGUCAAUGCAUAGCAGUUAUUUGGUAUCUUAUUGUUUAAACUACAAAUUUAUUUAGAUCUAUGAAAUAUGUUUGUGUGUUGGACAUAUAGAAUAUGAGCAGCUGAGCUGUAUCAGUUAGUUACAAAAAGUGAAUUAAUACAUCUCAAAAGUUGACAUCAGGCAAAAAGACAAAUGGCAGAAAAGGGAGAUGAUUCUCAAGAUGACGAAGUGCCAGGUAAGGGUUUGAAAAAGUUCUGUCAGCCAUGUUCAGCAAAAGAUGAAGAUGAAAAUGAAGCCACCGUCUUUUGUACAACUUGUAAUGAGUUUCAAUGUGAAGAAUGUUCAAAGGUGCACAUGAUUUUUUCUUUUAUGAAAAAUCAUGAUCUGCUUGAUGCAAAUGAGGCACACAAAGGUUUAGACGUUUAUGAUAUGAAUGGAUUAGACCGGUGUAGCAAACACGAAAAACGUGUUAAAUAUUUCUGUAAGGAUGACGAGAAAUUGUGCUGUACCACGUGCGCUAUAACAGAACACAGGAAAUGUGACACUGUAGAUGAAAUAAAGGGCAUUGAGGUUGAACCAGGUAGCAUCAAUACGCUGAAAGUAAAUGUAAACAUAUUGAAAGAAAGGAAUGAAGCUGCGGCUGAAUAUUGGAUAAACAGUAAUCAGCAUAUUGAAGAACAAACCAAGAACCUGCUAAAUGAUCUCCAGUCAUUAAAGACUUCCAUAAACAUCAAAUUUGAUAAUUUUGAAAAAGAAAUUAAACAACAAUCAGCAUCCAUAUCGGAAGAGAAAGAGUUUGAAAAUAGUGAUAAUAGCAAACAAUGUGAAGAUAUAGUAGCAGUCCUGACGCAAGAUCUAAAAAAACUGGACGCCGUGAUUCGUGUAGGGACGCAGGAGCAACAGUUUAUCGUACAACAAAGAGUACAAGAGUCGUUAGAAACAAUGGAAGAAAGAUCUACAAUGGAGUUUUCGAAACUAGAAAGUAUAGUUUUGUCGUUAGAAUUCAAUCAAAUGUUUGAAAGUUUGACCGAAUUAUACGACAAACUUGGAUCGUUGAAGGUCAACCCAUCCGACAGAACGAUUGAUGAAAUUGUUGAUGGAAAGCCGUCCGAACUCAAAAUGAUUGCGUCGGUUGAAGUAAAGCAGCGUUCUGGCGAUACCCAGAAGCCUCUCUACAGGGGAAUGGACUUCUUACAGGACGACAGGCUAGUCGUUGCGGAUUUCGAAAAUCAGAAAUGUUUGGUAUUUAAUGAAGGACUGGAGGAAGUAGGUUCAUAUAAAUUAUCCGACUAUCCGCAGGGUCUCAUUGCUGUGUCGGAAGACGAAGUAGCGAUCACAUUCGGUGAUGUACGGAAAAUAGACUUUCUACGAGUUUGUAACUCAAAUACACUAACUCACAUAAGAACUAUUGAAACCACCACAAACUAUGACUCAAUCUGCAUGCAGAAUGAUACUCAGUUUGUCGUUGGAACGUAUAACGAUACCAAACCAAUGCGAAUAGUGUUAACUAGCGGAGAAGAAAGUGACUUUAACAUUGACUUCCAGUCUACAAAGUACGAUUUGGGUGACAGUAAAUGUACAUAUAUAAGAAACAGUGAUAAAGCAGUUCUCUCUGCUAAACUUGAGAAUACCUUGUACAUAUAUGACAUGAAGACUAAUACCAGUAUCGUUGUCAAGGACAAAAAGAUCAAGGAGCCGAGGGCUGUAACUAUUGGACCGUUUGACACUAUCUUUGUCUGCAGCAGUGCUACACAUUCUAUUGUACAGAUUUCCAAGACAGGCCGGGUCAUGUCAUCACACGACUUAAAUAUGCGGCUUCCAUACAAGGUCUGCAUAUCCAAGGACAAAAGAAGACUUGCUGUGACAAACAAGUUAUAUGGCGAUAGAAGACUUCAGCUUUUCAGUAUAAAUGUUUAAAGGGAGAAUACCUACCUAUAAGUUUAUUUUUAUCUGAGACGCAUCUUCAAGCCAUUUAUAACGUUAUAAACAAUGUUUAAACCUGACCGUAAUCGAACAAGAUAUGGUAGUUUGUGUAAGAAAAUUGCUUAAGAUGAAGGCAAUCAUUUUAAUGUAAAUCAUUCAUUUAGCAAAAAUGAAUAUAAAUGCGCCACUUCGCUUUAUGUUGUCAUGGAUACAAAGCUGCUGCCAGUUGAAGUCUACAUUAUAGUAUGAGAUGCACUGUUACAUAUAAGAAAAAUAAUCUGUUUUGAAAAGCAACGGCGUACUCCCUUGAAAACGCGUAUGUAGACAUUUACUCAAUGAAUAAAAUUUAUCCAUGGAAAUUCAAAAUGACAGUGGUCUGGAUAUCAACAAUAACAUUAAGCUAAACAUAUAACUGUUACAUUCUUAUAUGACACAAUAUAACAUUGUCAUUAACAACAUGGAACUAUAUUUUCAAUAUCUUUAAAUGCUACACAAAGUAGUUAUUUCCAGUUUAGUGUAAGCAGUCCUGAACAAAUAGUGAAAUGUUCAUUUCUGUUUUAUUCUUAAUUCUAUCUUUAAUAAUUGUUAUACUGCCGAGGAAACAAACCUGAUAUAAUGAACAUGAGAACAACGCUUUCUUUCCCUUUAAACUACGUUGCCUCCAAGUAGCUCAGUAGGUUCAGUUACGGACUAGUUGCACAAGCUUUUAGAACUGUGCGUGAUUUUCUGUAUAAUAUAUAUUGUCAGUCAUAUAAAAACUGAGAAAUUAACUAAUAAUAUUGCGGGACAAAUGCUUUUCUUGGCGAUUGUAAAAACAGAAAAGUCAAGUGAGAAGUUUAUGUAUACACCUCUACACAUAUUAAGGCUGUAAACAUCACAGUAAGGUUCUGCUUUCAUUUCGAACAUUUCAUCAAUAGUUUCCAAUAAAGCACAUUAUAGCAACAACAGAAGCAGCAACAUUAGUAAUACGAGGGGAAUUCAGAAAAUUUUGAGCUUGUCCAUAUAAAAUAUAGAAAAUCCUAUAUUUAACAUAUUUCUUACAUUUUGCUUACACCAGUUCCUCAAAAUAUUCUACAUUAACAAAAACACUUUUCCAUCUGGGCUAUCCAUGACCUAAAAUGCGAAGACACCAUACACUAUGCCACCAAGGGCGCUUCUAGAAUUGUAGCGACGCCCAGUCAGCAUUUCAUUAAAAACAAUCACAGAGAGGUUACUUGUGCAAAUAUUUUGCAGGUAUUUUUCUAGUGUUAUGGUCUUAGAUUGUGCACAACAUCGGCGCACUAUCUUGAUAUCACUGGCAGAUUAAUAUGUAUUUAGGCUCCCUCUCGAGUCAGUAUGAUUUUUAUAACAAUAAUGCGAUUAUGUUUAGACCAAUGGAAAUUAGUGUAAAUAAAGAUUUAAUACUAA